GUAUGCUCGUACAUUAUUGGCCGCCUUUCGAAGGGGAUCGACGUUUUCCAAAUACAGCACUCAGCAGUGGCAGAAUAAUCCACCACUUUCAAGCCAAUCUAAUCCUGCGCAUUUACGCGACCCGAUACAUAUGAGAAUCCAAGUCAUGGGCCCACCAAUAGUUUUGAGCUUUUAGAUAAAAAAAAACAAUGCUUGUUGUUCUGGUUGGCCAGCGGGGUAGUAUCAGAGCUAUGUUGCAUGCAUGCAAUGUGGUACAAAUCACACUACUUUAAUUUCCAUGAUUUAUACUUACAAGCGAAGAUACGUUGAGUGCUUAAAUGUCACUGUGUAUAAGUAGGUAGAAUUUAGCAGCUUCCAGGACUCCGCUUUCUUCAUACACACAACUCUAAAUGUUUUUCCUUUACUACUCUGAUUCUCACUAUCACCAAACGAAACGCCCGACUACCUCCAAUAUCACGAACUAGCUAUUGAAUCGUCGUCCGUGCCAACUCCGCAGAACAUAUAUCGAUCUUCUACGCUUAUCUUUAUCACCAUCGCGACGCUAUGGUAUCGCUAUCGUACGCCGAGCAAGAAGCUGACAAGUGCUAUCUUGAGCACCUGUACAGUAUUCUGGAGGACAGCAAGAUCGGAGAAACCCACGAGCCGCUGUUGAGAAGGGAUACGUUGAACGACCUAAAUUUUCUCGUUGAUCUUCUUAAGGCUCUCAGUAAGAACGUCAAAGAGGCCUAUUGGGAGGAUAUCCAUUUCCUUAUGACAGAUUACGGCGAUCCUUCUAGAUAUCACCAUUUCUUACGAAAGACCACUACAUCACUCAAUCACAACCGCGAAAUCGCCAUCCUUAAAGGUUUGCGACAGUUCUACGGAGAACACGGUGUACGUCCCGUUCCCGAAGCGGAGGCAAUUUCCGGCUACGCGAUUGGAGAAGACGAGGGCACGAGACUUCUGUUACUUGCAGAAUUGAUGGCGCUUACCAAGGACAUUCUAAGAGAACGAGGUUUCUCUCCAAGGGUCGGAUAUGAGGUGUACGGGAAUGAGAAGGUUGAAGCCGAUUUAAGGAAAGUAGACGCCAAGCUUAGAAGACGAUAUGGAUGGACGGCUGGGAUCUACUGGUGGUGGAAGAAGCGGAAGAGCCGACGGGGGCCUACAAACCCAUCCUCCACCUAA